UCUUUUCUCAUAGUAUCAUUGAUAAAUUCGUAUAACAUUUUAAUAUGAAUGUUACGAUACAAGAAAGUCUGAAGGAUUCGAUGGAACUACUGCAAAAAAACUCUAAAUUGGUUUCUACAAUUAUUAUAAUCAUAUUUGAAUAAUAUAUAAUGGAACGUAACAUACAAAGUGUAACAAACGUCUCAGGAUAAAAGUGCAACAAAGCGAGCAAUACGAAUUCAAGAAUAAGAAAGCGAAGUUUGGCUUAGUAAAUGUCAAAACUUUAUUGAAAUUUGACAUAUUUGUAUCUCGGGGGAAUUAUUAUCAACUGUAUGUAUAAAAAAAGCUAUCAGUAGUACAUACUUCUAAAACAUAAAAAUUUAGUCCGGUAAUAUAUGUGACAUCAAGUCUUUUCGAAUAUACCUCACUACUAGCAUCGCAUUUAUGUCGUUAAUAUUUGUGUUCUACGCGACAUAUCGACCUUUUUAUUGUAUCCAAUAGGGGAAUGUUCCUGUUCGUUAAACAUAUGGUUCGAAAAUUAUUCAACUGUGACUCCCUGUACAAAAGAAACCCUAUUAUGCUGAUUCACUGCCACAUGUUAUUUGUAGCAGUUAAGCAAAUUGGAAAACCCUAUCUGAGGUAAUAAAAAGCUAUUACUUCUAGGCGAAUGUAACAAUCGUGAAAUAUAAAAUGGAAAGGGACAAAGUCACACACUACAACUUUUUCGAUUGCCGCAAAGGUCGACGAACAUGAUCGGGCAAGAAUAGCUUUCAUCGAAGACAAUCCCUUCUCCUGGGGUUUACGAUUUCGUUUGGAAACUUCACCGCUACCGAUCCCCCGCACGCAACGCUUGAAUUUUUAAAGCACGCAAGCGUAUGAGAGCUAACUGAAGUUAACUUCACGGUCAGCUUUGCGCUUCCACGAUCAGUCGUGAUUCAGGUCGCAUUCAGAUUUCAUAUCAACAGUAGCUUACACGACGGAUGAAGCUAGUCAAUAUUUUCAAACUUUCGUUAGAGUCCGUAAAAAAUGCCGCGAAACGAACAUACUCAGGACGAUAUCGUAUACAUUAUGCAACCAACUCGCAAUCUCAUGCUCGCAGUGGGUGUCUGGGCACCCAGGAGCGGGAGGAUGUCCGUAUUCCAAAAAAUAUACAACCUUUUCCUGAAUUUUAGUACCAACUUUCUGUUGGCCUGUGAGUUUAUACCUGGUAGCAUUUAUUGGCUACUGGAGGAAUCAGUGCGAAUGCGUCUUCAGAUGUGCCCUCUUCUUCUCUACGUCUUUAUGUCUGUCGUUCAAUAUUAUGUCCUUCUGUCUCGCAAUGGUAAAAUUAGACAAUGUUGGAAGCACGUCGAGGAAGACUGGGAAAAUGUUUUCAGUAUGGACGCGCGUAAUGUUAUGUUCAAGAGUGCGAAAUCCGCUAAAUUCCUGAUUCUAAUCUGUGCAGCUCUUAUGUACACUGGGUCAAUUACGUUUCGCAUAAUCUUGCCAUUAUCUCAGGGAAAGAUUAUAACUGAUCAGAAUAUCACAAUCAGACCCUUGGCCUGUCCGGUGAAUUUUUUGUUCAUCGACGCACAAGUUAGUCCCCUCUAUGAAAUACUGUUUGUAUCCCAAGCAAUAACAGGAUUUAUUAUAGUUUCGGUUGCAACCAGUGCAUACGGCCUUUUAGCAUAUUUCGUGGAGCAUGCCAGUGGUCAAAUGAAGAUUCAGAUUUGGUUGAUGAAGUGCCUCGUUCAAGAGCAACGGAAGAAGGAGCAUGAAAUUGAUAAGAAGUUAGCUGAAGUAGUCGAACAUCAAAUAAGAGUACAUAGUUUCCUUCAGAUGGUACAACACACCAUGCAAGAAAUAUGUUUCGUAGAAAUCAUGGUGAAUACCUUAACCAUCUGCCUUCUUCUGUAUUUUGUAAUAUUGGAUUGGGACACUCACAAUUUCGGGGUUAUAGGCUCUUAUGCGUUAAACAUUGUUAACGUGACAAUCCAUAUAUUUCUGUUUUGCUAUACUGGUGAGCAACUUAAUGACCAGGUACGUUUUGCAUGUGCUUAAGCACGUGCUCUCGAGCUACGGAGAUAAAGACAGGAUGUACUAUUCCAUAGUUAACAUAAUUUAUUUCUUGUAUAAAAGAAUUCGCAUUUAAUAACAUGCAAUUCUUACGUUAAAAUUAUUAUUAUACAAUAUAAAUAUUGUAUGCCUUAUAAGGAGAAAUGCGAGGCAUCAGAAAAGUAAUGAUUAUUUUUUUCGUGAAUUGACAAUGCGGAGCUUAUAGUUUUUCAAUAAAAUAAAAUAAGUACUUGAGAAAUAAGAACUUCCAUAAAAUGAAAUUUAAACGAGUGAAUGAUAACUUAUGAAUUAUAUUAGAAUUAUAUUGAAAUCGUUAUUAUGUGCAUAGGAUUUUUACAGACGAUUUAACAUAAAGAAUGCGCGUAUAAAUAUCAUUCUAAAAAGCUUCAGUGAUAAUCAAUAAAUAAAUACUUCGAAGAAAAGUGUCUGAGAAAACAUUUAAACGACUUGAGAAUGAUAAAUAAAGAAAUAAAGUUCCGAUAAAAUACAAAUAAAACAACGAAAAUCCUCUAAAAAGUUACUACGAGUUAUGGAAAAUUCACUAACACAAAUGAGUGCAUCUUGUGUCUGAGGAAUGUUCCAUAGAAAGAGUCCAUGUUGCUUUAAGCGGAUAUUCUAUAGUAUUUAAUUAAAAUAAAAAUUGUCUCAUUACUUUUCUGACAUACCCUAGAAAGAAAUAUAAACUGUGCCUUAUACUUCUUUUGAAAUUGCAAAUUUAAAGUUUGUGACACAUUAAUAAUAUAUAGGCGGUAGUUAUGUUUACGUGAUAAAUUAAUAAUAGGCGGAAAAAGUAGCAAUUGAAUCCCGCGAGCUUGAAUGGUAUAAUCUUCCGGAGAAAAAAAUGCGCAGCAUAGUUCUAUUGAUGAUUAUGUCUAAUUAUCCGCCUAAAAUCUCCGCUGGCAAGAUUAUGGUGCUAUCGUUGAAGACAUUUGGUGAUGUAAGAAGAUACUUUCAGAUAGACAUAAAUUCUGAUCCAGGACGAAGCGAGGAUUACCGAAACGUUUAACAGAUGAUUAAAUGAAUGUUUUAGAUCAUUAAAACAUCUGGGGCGUACUUUAAUAUGCUUCGAAAUGUGACCGAAUGAAUUUGUUAUGUUGGUGGGAUAUCUCAAAUCACCGCAAAAAUAUGACAUGAACAGCAAACUUAAAUAAAGGCUCAACAAGAAAACCAGAUAGUAUCUAAGGAUAAAACAGAAUUAUAGAGAAACGCGUAAACUUGCUUACGCAAGUAAAAGUAACAUCCCAAACAGAAAAUGAUGAAAAAUAGAAAGAUUAAUGUUGCUUAUCUGAGAUUUAUUGCAAACUAUUUUGAUCAAGUAAAUGUAAAAGCUUUAUUAAAGCUUGCUGUGUUUAUAUCUCAGAGAAAUAUUGUCAUAUAAAUA